CACCAAUUUUGACUCAACUUUUUACCUUUAUUAGUUACGUACCAACGAAGAAAACAGUUGAAGACUCGCUACAUGAUCCUGGUCAAUUUCUGAUAGAAUCGUAGCUUACAUUUAUAAUUUGCAUUAGUGUACAUCAAUGGCAAACGAGAAGUCGGAUUUCACUAGAACCGCAACAUCAUUCCGCAACUUUGUUUCACAAAAAUCUGAUUCUCAGUUUCCAGCAGAAUCAGGAAGAUAUCAUCUUUAUAUCUCUUACGCUUGUCCAUGGGCUUCUAGAUGUCUUGCAAUCUUGAAAUUCAAAGGACUUGAAAAAGCAAUAAGCUUUUCGUCUGUUCAACCACUUUUUAAAAAAACCAAAGAAAGCGACGAGCAUAUGGGAUGGGUUUUUCCAGAUUCAGAUACAGAGGUUCUUGGAGCUGAACGUGAUCAUCUUAAUGGUGCGAAAUCCGUAAGAGAACUAUAUGAUAUCGCUAGCUCCAACUACACGGGAAAAUACACUGUUCCUGUUCUUUGGGAUAAGAAGCUUAAGACUAUCGUUAACAAUGAGAGUUCUGAGAUACUCCGAAUGUUCAAUACCGAGUUCAAUCAUGUUGCAGAAAACCCUUCUCUCGAUCUUUACCCUCCCAAUCUCCGAGCCAUAAUCGAUGAGACCAACGAAUGGAUCCACGAUGAGAUAAAUAACGGUGUUUAUAAAUGUGGGUUUGCUAAAAAUCAAGAAACCUAUGAUGUGGCAGUGAAACAAUUGUAUGAUGCAUUGGACCGAUGCGAAGAAAUACUCAGAAACCAACGGUUUCUUUGUGGAAACACUUUGACUGAACCAGAUAUCCGAUUAUUCGUCACUCUCAUAAGAUUUGACGAGGCUUACGCGGUGAUCUUCAAAUGCGAUAAAAGACUCGUAAGAGAGUAUUAUAAUCUCUUUAACUACACGAAAGAUAUCUUCCAAAUCGCGGGAAUGAGCAGUACAGUAAAGAUGGAUCAUAUAAAGCAAAAUUACUAUGGAAGCUUUCCUUCUUUAAACCCUCUUGAGAUCAUCGCUCGUGGACCAAACAUCGAUUACUCUUUGCCUCAUGAUCGACACAGAUUCAUGGAUAAAACUAGAUCAGUAUUUUCUUGAGAAUUCACGAGUCAUUAAGAAACUCAAGCUGAGUUUCACACAGAUUGAGUAUGAAUCUUACAUCCAGAAAGCGUUCUCGCAGAUGUCAAGUUAUCAUUUCUUAACAUGAAUCUGAUGUUAAUGAAGACAUGAGCAUUGUCAUCUUGAUUUCUGAUGUUAAAUCUCUUAUGGUGUUAAUUAUAAUGUCUUGUACUGAGUUGGAUUGUCUCAUAUGCUUGAAAAAGGUAUAUUAAUGUAAAGUUUGUUACUUUGAUCUUAA